CCCACAACAGCGCCACUAACCAACGCGAUUGGCUAUUGAAAGGCAAAAGAUUGCCAGUACGAAGAUAUGGAAACUCUCCACGCUUACAUUUGUGAGCUUCUAACGGAAACAAAAAUGGUCCGAGACCGCGAAAAAUGACUUCAACUCCACACAGAGACAUGGGAUUAUAGGAACUGAGUGGAGUUUUGGACUGGAACACGAUGUAUGAUGGCGCAACAGCAAAGGUGAAGCUAAAGGUAAAGGAAUGUCAUUUCAGAUGAUAUGCCAGUCCAGUAUUAUAAACAUUCCCUCUGUUUUUACAACUGAGAUCAUGAAUAAUUUUCUGCUUGGGGGAGAUCAUGCCAGCCAUUAACUGCAGAAAAACAAAAACUUGAUUCAAGAUAUGAUUUUUGAGGGAGCCAGAUACUGUGCAAGCUUUGUUCCUCUCUCAGGGGAGCAACAGUUGCAGUCCUUCGACUCUAGCCUGAGCUCUGCUUCCGUCCAUCCUCCAUCCUGGAGCUCUGGUCUGGAACCGAUUAAGAGCAGGAAUCUCCAGCAGUGCCCUGCUAGCACAUUAGCAUGUGCUCACCGACUCUCCCUGUCAGGAAAGAGACACCGAUUUAGUGCAAACAGACAGAUAUUUAACCUCAGUCGCUGGCAAGUCGUUGGAAGGAUGGCUGAGGUGUCACAAGAGGAGAGACUCCAGGCCAUCGCUGAGAAGAGGAAGAAGCAGGCAGAGAUUGAGAACAAGAGGAGGCAGCUGGAUGAUGACCGACGGCAACUCCAGCAUCUCAAGUCGAAGGCGCUGAGGGAGCGCUGGUUGUUGGAUGGAGCUCCAGCAGAGGAGGAGACUCAGAAGCGUCUGCAGGAGGACGAGGUGAAGACCAAACUCUUGGAGCAGGUCAUCCUCAGGCUGGAGCAAGAGAUCGAAGAGCUGGAGACAGGCGUGCCGGCCAAUAAGGGUGUGGCUAAAGAAAAUGGAGGUGAGAAUGGUGUAGUGCAGACCUCUGGUCAGACCCCCAAGAGAGAGGUGACAGGGAUUGAGGCCAAGCUGCUGGGUCCCAGUCCUGACCAAGCUAGUGCGGACAACCCUGUCACCCUGGUGUUCAUGGGCUACAAGACCGUCGAGGAGGAGCAGGAGACCCGCACUGCGUUAGGGAUGGAAGGGGUGGAUGGCAACGUCAAGGCCGAGUUUGUCGUGAUUGAGGAUGGGGAGGGAAAAGUGGGAGGAGAGGCAGCCACAGCAGAGCAGGCCCCACCCAAUGGGAGCAUGGCAGAGAAAGAAAAGGCCAACGGGGGCGGAGAGGAAGGAGAGAAGGAAAAGGAGAAGAAACAGACCUGCAAAUGCUGCACGGUCAUGUGAGCUUUGUGUGUGUGCGUGUGUAUGUGUGUGUAUGUGUGGAUGGGUACACACCUGCUCCUGUGCAGGCAUGUGUGCCGCUGCAUGUGCAUUUGCAGAUGUAUGUAACUGUGUGUGUGCGUGUGUGUGGGUCAGGACUGGAAAAAAAAAAAACACCCAACAAAAACAAACCGAAGUACAGUUCAACAACCAAUACACCAACAAUGAGAGCCAAUAACAUGCUCCAGCUACAACAACAAGAACCACAAAGACUCAUAAGUACACUUUACUCUGUAUACUUUCUCUGAUAUGUAUUUGACUUUUGAUUUCUAUUGAUAUUUUUCUAUUUUUCUGUCUUGACAUUUAUAUUGUAUUCAGUAUGUAUCUUUAUUAUGGAACUGUGUACUGUAAGUUCAUUGUUAGUAUUGUUGGGGGAAAAAAAGAAAAUGUAUUAGCUCUCUGGAUUGUACUGCUACCCACUGGGAUAAAUCUGGAAAUUUUAAAUCAUUUAAAUCACAACAGCAAAGUAUGAAGGACACAGAUACUUAAAUAUAUAUAUUUCUCUGUGUAGGCCUACCAACUAUUUAUCAGUCAAUUUCAUAUUGCAAUAUUGUCUAAGAUAUUAUUUUAAAUAGUAUUUUAAUAUAUUGAUAUGAAAUUAUGUUUUAUACAAUGUAUUUAUUGUUUACUGGUUCUCUAAAUCAUCUCCAACCAUUUACUGCAUGUAAAAGCUUGUAAGCACUACCAGAUUUGCGUUACAAUCAUAACAAGUGUCUGUGCUUUACUAGAUUCAUAUGUUUAGUCACACAAGUCUUUCUAUCAGUAACAGUCCACAUAAUUGGCAGUGUUAGAGAUGUGCAUUAAGUUUAAAGGAAAUCUACUGCACGGAGACAAAGCUAAUUAGAAGAGUGACCACACUGCAGACUGCUUUAGCUUCUCAUAGAUACUUUAUGUGACACAAGUACAUGAAGAUUAGUUUUUGUAUUUUUCAAACAAGAUGGAUACGCUCACUUUAUGAUCAAUAGAGUCAUGACGAACCGUUGCACAGUGAUGAGAAAUGCUUAAAUCAUUUUGUUCUCUCCACAGUAGAAUCAAUGUAAAACUUAUGAGGUAGCACUGCAUGAAGCCUUGCAACUGUUUUGACUGUCUUGUCACUUGUUAGGUCUUUAUUAUAGGCUAUCACGUUCACAUGAAUGUAAAUCCAGGGGUUAAAUUGGGAUUCGUUCUGCCAUAAUGAGAAGAGGCGGGCUUGCUCAGCUCACCAUUUUAAAAAAAAAAUAAAAUUAAAAAGCUUUUUGUCUCUUUAUGAACCAAAUAAAAUCUAAUGAUGCUGUAAUUUCACUGUGUGUUGGUCGGCUGCUGGUUUCUGUCCUGCUUUCUCCCAGUUUAACCCCUGACUCUUUGUCUGUAGACCUGGGCCCAAUAGUACUUUAACAGACUUACAAACAAAAAAGACCUGAGGCUUUUGGAUUGGCUAUUCUCACAAUUAAAAAUACCUACUGAGGACUGUAAACCCCUCCAGCUUGAGAACACAAUAUAAAGAAUUUAUCUGUGUCCAGGUGCCCAAGCCUUUUAGUUAUCACUGUAUUAGAAACAGGCCAUGUUCUAUCAGAAAAACCAGUCUAACCAUUUUAAAGCCCUGAAAGCCUAUUUAAAUACAUUCCCAGCAGAGGCCAUUGGACGGUCUGGGUCGUCACCAUUAUCUCAUCAUCACACCUUUUGUAUCAUCAUCACCAAACACACACAACCCCACCUUAUAUGCUCAGAGACACGCAUUUCAAAAACCUCUGGAGUUGGUGCUAAUCCUGAGUCUCUCCAUCCACCAACUAUUGAUUUUGGUUAACUCAUUCCCUCUGUCUUAUAUGGCUGGUGAGGGGGAUUGUGGGAAUCUACUGCCUCUUGCAUACACUUGUUGAAUAAGAGAGUCUUUAGCAAACCUUCAGUGCCAGAUGCAUUCUGUCCAUUCAGUCCUGCCUACAUUUACCACCAGAGAAAUGAUCCCUCUUAACAUUCCAAAGGGAGCUCAACAGGCGUGGACAGAUGAAAUAUAGUCUAUGCUUUCCGUAUGUACAGUUCCACUGCAAUUGUACAACUUGCAAGUUUGUUUCUGAUACUGACUCUCAUGUUUUCUUUCCUGUGGCCUAUUUGCAAGGCAGUAUAUUGUAUUUGAUGUGUGUAUUUUUACAAAAAAGAUGACUACAUCUGUGUAUUGUUUGUGCCUUUGUCAGGUUCAGUUGGUUGGACUUGUCUGUCUGCUGCCAUUUUUAGACUGGGGUUUUUACUUGUUCUGCUGCUGCUAAUGAUGACCCACUGGAAACACUGCCGUCUAGUCUAGGGGGUCACCACACAGCUAUAAUAAAAUAUUAUCCUCAUUUUUCACAUGAUAAAUAAAUGCAGCUCAGACAGUAGGUAACAUGCAGAGUACUGCUGGUGUCUUGAAAAACUCCACAACACAUAAAAAACAAAAAACAAAACAACUACACCCAAAGUUGAGCAUUUUGCUGGGUUACAAACUUUAUGCAGGAGACUGACUGACAGUCUAUGUAUUUAUGUACAGCAUAUACACAUGUAUAUAUGUGUGCAUAAUCUAUAGGCAUACAUACAUCUGUGUAAAUACAAAAAUACAUGCAGGUUUGUUGAGCUAAAGCUUUGCUUAAUAGUGGGUCUCUGGGACAGCAGCAGAAAAAGCAACCUUGUGUUAGACCAAUGCCUGUUCAUUUAUUCUGUGGUUGUCUAAAUGUUCAAUCUUGAAUAAAACUACUGUUUGUUUACGGCAA